AGUCGCUUGUUUGUUGCUGCUGCAGCGUCGCUCCGCACUGACUUCACCUCUUUACCUGAAAUCAAAGUUUAUCUCCUCGGACUGAAGCUCAUCGUCGUAAAGGUGAUCAUCGAGUGAAACCAGGAAAAAAAAAACAAAAAAAAACACCCGAACACAGGCUGCUGAGCCUAAUUCCUGCUCGGGAUAAUUACAAGAUUUUACACGGAAUUACUUGCCGAGCUGAAUCUACAGAAGUCUGGGUUCAUGCCGGAUUUCGAGCACUUCAGAUUUUCCUAUUCGAGCAUGAAUCCGGUCCUGGGGGAGAGCGGCCUCCUGGCUCCGCAGCAGCAUCACCACCAGAUGACGGGCCAAAUCGACUCGGCCAUCCCGGAGCCAGGCUACUUCCUGGGGGAUCACGGCGGAUUCGGGCCGGAUGGCUUGUCCGGGUUGGAUCUGGGCGCCCUGCCGCCGUCGGGCCUCGCCUACCUGCACCUGAGCAGCCCCCUGCACCGGGUGCCACCGGCGGCCACGGCGCUGCGCAACGACCUGGGAUCCAACAUCAGCGUGCUGAAGACCUUGAACCUGCGCUUCCGCUGCUUUUUGGCCAAAGUGCACGAACUGGAGCGCAGGAACAAAGUGCUGGAGAAGCAGCUGCAGCAGGCGUUAGAGGACAACAGCGGAGGGGAUCAGCACCAGAAGCCGCUGACCAAAGAAAUGGGGGUGCAAACCGGAUUCAUCGGGCCAAUCUCAGCCAGACCGGGCUUUAUCCCGCUCCACAACGCCAACAACUCGGCCUACUUGCCCGGCGGCCUGCUCUCCCCUACCCUCAACCCUCCUCCUCUCUUUGACAACAAAUACCUGCUGGGAAACAACCUGAACACGGAUUCCAACUCCAACCUCACCAUCAGUCCGGCUCUGAGUCCCAGCGACCCGACCAGAACCAUCGGCAACAUCAACGAGAAGUUUUCCGCUCACACCGGCACCAACACGCCACCUCCUCCUCCGCGCUUCCUCCCCGGAACCAUCUGGUCCUUCAACCACACCCGGAGGUUCGGCGCCGGGAGGGAGUCGUGCGUCACGGGGCCCGGAGUGUCCUGGACACACCCGGACGGUGUCGGAGUCCAGAUCGACACCAUCACACCGGAGAUCAGGGCGCUGUACAACGUGCUGGCCAAAGUGAAGAGGGAGAGGGACGAGUACAAGAGGAGAUGGGAAGAAGAAUAUACAGCCAGGAUGGAUCUGCAGGAGAAGGUGGCUGAACUUGAAGAGGACCUGCAGGAGAGCGAGGUGUGUCAGGAUGAACUGGCUCUAAGGGUGAAGCAGCUGAAGGCAGAACUUGUUCUCUUCAAAGGACUCGUCAGCAAUAACCGCUCAGAUCUGGACAGUAAGAUCCAGGAGAAGGCUAUGAAGGUGGACAUGGACAUCUGCCGCCGUAUUGACAUCACCGCCCGCCUCUGUGAUGUGGCCCAGCAGAGGAACUGCGAGGACAUGAUCAACAUCUUCCAGGUACCGACACCACCCUCCACUCUGACCCGCCGCACCAGGAAGCGCAGCGGCCAGUCGCCGAAGCCCGGAGACGGAGACGAACUGAGCAUGUCCGAGAGCGAGGGGGGCGGGGCCAAAGAUGAGGAGUCGUGCAGCUCAUCAGCCAAUCAGAUCAAUGAGCAGAUGCAGAGGGUGCUGAAUCAGCUGAGAGAGUGUGAGUUUGAGGACGACUGCGACAGUCUGGCCUGGGAGGAAACCGAAGAAACUCUGCUGCUCUGGGAAGAUUUUCCUGGAUGUACUCUGGGAGUGGAAACACAGGGAGAGCUGCAGGAGGAGUCCAUCGAGAAAGUGAUCAAAGACACAGAGUCGCUGUUUAAGUCCAGAGAGAAGGAAUACCAGGAAACCAUCGACCAGAUAGAGCUGGAACUGGCCACGGCCAAGAGCGACAUGAACCGUCACCUGCACGAGUACAUGGAGAUGUGUUCGAUGAAGAGAGGCCUGGACGUCCAGAUGGAGACCUGCAGGAGACUCAUCACACAGAGCGGAGACAGGAAGUCCACGUCUCUCAUCCCGCUGACGGUGGACGACUCGGACAACGAAGAGAAGGAGAGGAAAAAGCCGGCUCUACCUGCCGAGUCCGAGAGCAGCGAUUCCUGCUGCGAUGUCAACGCCGCCAUCCCUCCUCUGACCUGGAGGAAACCCUAACACUUGCUGUCGCUGCUGAUACUCCAUCUAAAGCUGCUUCAGAGCCUAAAAUCAAUGCAGAAAACAAACACAAAAAAUAAAAUUACGGCUCUGGGGUUUUUGUUUAACUGGGGUAUAUAUAAUUUUAAAAGCAGCAGAUGUAAAAGGUCUUUUCUUGAUCUUUAAGCAGCCAAUCUGGUCACAACAUCGGCCGACGUGGCAGCAGGAGGAUUAGAGAGGACUUGUUUCUGUUUUAAGCUGCAAAAAAGUUUCUCCAGCUUCUUUACAAACCCAUAAUGUGCUUGCAAGGAUAUAUUAUUGACAUAUGAAUCAACUUCCAAGGCUGUUGUUUGAGGAUUUGAGCUGCAUUAGAAAAGGCAAUAAUGUGCAAGUGCUGCCCUCCUGUGGUUAGCAACUGUAACUACACUGAAGGUCAAACAGAACCAAGCUGCACUUUUAAAAGAAUUUUCCUAUUUCUUCUAUUUUCCUGUGAUUAGAUGAAUGGGAUGUUUUUCGUUUUAAAUUUUAUUUUGCACCCAGGGAGCCUAUUAUUUGCACAAGUUUCUGUAAUAUUGCCUUUCGGCUGCAGGAUCAAACCAGUGCACAGAGAGGCAGCAAUGCACAAAGAAAAUACACAGUUUUGCACAUAUUACCAUUUUAAACUUAAUAUUACAGAGUGAACUGUUUAUUCUAUCUUUUUUUUUCAUUUUAUUCUGUGUUUAUAUGUUAUUAUUUAAAAUGUUUAAAGCUAAAGUUUAAUUAAUAAAAUAUGAGCCAGUUCCUAUUUUGGGGGGAAUUUACUGUAAUAAUAAUAAAAAAAAACUUCAGCUAUUAAAGCCCAAUUUGCCUUAAACUGACGCCAACAUUUGAAAAAAUCUGAUGCCUUCCACGGUGGCAUGAAACGUGGAUGUUUGUCACGUGUCUAAAGCGUGAUGUUUUAUUAGUUUGAUUUUCCUGCUUUCCUUCUGAUGGAUUUAAAGCAAAUUAACAUUAUUACUAACCUGAAUUAUAUUUAUUUGAAUAGUUGUUCUUUUUUUUUUUUAGAUCUUAGAAUUGUUUGUCUGCAUCCAAAAUGGCAAAACGUACUCGGGGCAGCAGCUUAGCUUCUCAAUUGUUUUGGCAAAUUUAAGGAUUAUAACUCUCUAAGGACAAGUUUACAUUCAGUUACAGACAGAUGCACAUGGUAGGUUUGUAAAGGCUGAUUCUGGCUAGUCUGUUGACCUAAAAUAUAAAAUUUGACUGUUUCUAGGUUAAAAAUAAGAUUGAAUUAUAUGACUAGAGUUUUUCUCCACUAAAAUUAUGUUUCUGGCAUUUUUAUGCCAUUAUGUACACAGGAAAAUAUAUGGAAG